AUGAUUUUGGAUUAUGAGAAAAAUGAAAGCAAAAAUACGGAUUUGCAAGAUUGCAAAAGAACAAUUAUAGAAUCUGUUAAUAAAAAAAAGGAUAUAGAAAUGAUUGAUUACAAUAUCAACAAUAAAAAUCCAUUUCAAAAAGAAGUAGAAAUGAUAAAUCAAAAAAUAAAAUUAUCUAAUCAUGAUAAUGAUUAUGAUAGAAAAAUUAUUAAAAAGGAAGUAUAUAACUUAAAUAAAUUAAAAGAAGAAAAAAAUAAUAACAAUAACAAUUAUAAAGAAAAAGAUAUAACUUUGGUAAAUACUGAAAUAGAUACAAAAAAUGUUCGUCAGAUAUAUCAGCAGAAAUUAAACUCAACACAAUCAACUAUGAAUAUUGAUACGAAUCCAUCAAAUAGUGAUAGCGAUGAAUUGAUUGAUAAUGUAGAUAGUCAAAUGGAAAUUUUUAAAAAUAAAAAUGAGCAAGAAGGAGUAUUAAAUGUAAAUAAAGAACCUUUCGAUAAUUCAUUAUAUAUUUUAGAUAAUUUAGAUGAUGUAAGUGAAAAUGGAAAAAAUUUUACAUUUUAUCAAAAAUUAAAAAUGUGUUUUAAUUAUUUUGGUCCUGGAUGGAUAGUAGCCAUUGCAUAUUUAGAUCCUGGAAAUUUAUGUAGUAAUUUAAAUGUUGGCCUAAUUAGAUCUUCAGAUAGAAAUUUAGAAAAAGAUUAUACGGGUUAUCACUUGUUGUGGAUUUUAAUAUAUGGUCAUUUGCUUGGAUUUUUAUUUCAAGUUUUAUCUAUGAAACUUGGUCAUGUUACAGGUUUAGAUUUAGCUUCUAUUUGUUAUAAAGAAUUUGAUAAGAAAAUUUCUUUUUUUUUAUACAUAUUUGUACAAAUUGCUGUAUGGGGAGCUCAUAUUCAAGCUAUAGUUGGAACUUUUGUAGCAAUAAAUUUAAUAUUUGGUAUAUCAGUUAAAAUAGCAAUAUUUUAUACUAUAUUUGAAGCUUUGAUUUAUAGUUUUUUAGAGAAUAAAAGUGUGAAGUUAUUAGAAAAUGUAUUAAGUUUACUUAUUGGAUUACUGGCAGUUUGCUUUUUCAUUAAUGUUUUCAUGACGUCUAUUAACUUUAGAGAACUAGUCAUUAGUGUUGUAUAUCCGAGAAUACCUAAAGGGAAAGAAAUUGAUGCUUUAGCUCUUUUAGGAAGUAUAAUAUCAGCUCAUAUUUUUUAUUUACAUACGAAUUUAACUGCGAAAAAAAAGUCUGUGAUAUCCAAUACAAAGAAGUUAAAAAGAUAUAAUACAUUAGGGACUAUUGAAUCAGCAGGAGCUUUGUUUUUGUCAUGCUUAACUAAUUGUAUUAUUGUACUUACAUUUGCUGAAGUUAAUAUGAAAUCAUUUGAUAGAAGAGAUCAGUAUAGUUUGUUUACAGCAUACGAAGUGAUCAAGAAAUCCUUUGGAAAAAUUUCGAUGUACAUAUGGUCAUUUGGAUUAUUAAGUAGUGGCAAUAAUUCAAGUUUUAUGUGUGAAUAUGCAACAAAGUCAAUUUUUGAGGGUUUCUUAAAUAAAAAGGUGAAUACUUUUCUUAGGGUUUUAUUUUUCCGUUUUUUUUUAUUUUUUGUUGUUUAUUUAUUUUUAUUAUAUGAUAAGUAUUCAAUUGAUCAGUUAACAAAUUUUAUCAAUGUUAUUCAAGUUCUUUUAUUGCCACUGGCUAUUGUGCCUCUUUACCGAUUUAGUAUUCACAAAAAUGUUUUGGGAGAUUUUAGGCUGAAAAAAUAUUUCAAAUAUUUUGUUUUCCUUGUAAUUAUUGCUAUUAUUAUUUCUAAUUUAGUGCUUACAACUCUUGAUGUUACACAAAAGGAUAUCAGUAUUCCUACUAUCACAAUAAUGGUUGUUUUUUCUAUUAUUUAUUUUUAUUUUAUUUUAUUUAUUUUUAAUUUGCCUAUUACUAAAAUUUACUGCCAAGAAAAUAAUUAA